GUUUCCGUUUUUGUCUUGGCUCUUUUUCGAAUUAACGGAGUUCGUCCCUCCCGGCUAUGGCGAUAGCGAUGGGGAUCGCGGCAGUGGUGGCGUAGUCUCGCGGAGCUUCUUCGCGAUUCUCGACGGUCCAGGCGUUCCAGAUCUCUCGCGGCGCCGCCGAAUUUCGAUCGCGAUCCGGGAUAUCGGGCGCUGUGGAAAACGGAGGGAUUUCGCGACGGGGGAGCGCUUUCGUUCUUCCGUGGCUGUUACGGAAGAUCAGCGAACGGCGUUGCGAUCUCUCGGGGUGUGGUGUUUCCCGUAGGAAAUCUUUGGCAGGUGGGGGCGCUAAAUCACUCCAGGGUUUUGGAUCGAGCUCGUUCUUGAUCCAGGGAGGGAAAGGAGAAUUUUUGGCGAGGUGGGGGUGUGGAAUUCGAGGCGUGUCUCGUGAGUUUCUGGGGAUCGGCUGAAUUCUGCGAGGCGUGGGCAGGCAAAUUUUGAGAAACAGCCAAGGCGGCUUUGUCGCAGAGCCAAGAGUGAGGAGAAUUGACGACGACGAGGGAGAGAGCAAAGCUGCCACGGCACGAAAAAAUUUCUCGCUCGUCUCGACUCUCCUCGUUGCUCUGUUCGCUCGUUCGUGCUACUUUGAUCUCACAUUUCUCUCUUCCCAGGCGACAAUUCGAUCUUUUCCCAAGCUCUCCAAAUCCACCUUUUCUCACUGUUUCUUCCGCUAGCUGUGUAGGAGAAAAGGCUACGAACAGAGAAAAGCUCUCCUCGAUUUCUUUCUUUUGCUCGGCGCCAUAGUUUUCGAGCGUGCUCCAAAAGGUAGCCUUCUCGAAGACCACCAAUUCCCUCAGCCUGGCUCUAGAUCCGGCGAGUGGCGGUCGAGCAUGGGAAAAUUCUUGCGCAAGAGGAGAAGGGCCGACGUUGCAGUGCUCGAGGGGUGCCUGGGAGUGAGAACUCGCGCUACGAAGAGUGCCGCUUGCAAAUCCGUGAGCUCCAUGAAGAAAGAGGACGAGUCCGGUGGCCAGGAGGCAUGGAAUCCACGGCCGGAUCAAGAGAAUUCGCAGAAAGAAGAACUCCACGAUCCUUGCGAGGAGCCAACGAUGACGGUGGACAGCUCCUCUGUCCAGGAAAGUCGCAAAGCUAUGGUGGUCGUCGAGGAAGAAGAAGAAGAAGAAGAAGAAGACGAAGAGCUUGGGCGGGCGAAGAGAUCUAGCUCCAAUUCCUCGCCACACUUGCGGGAGUCCCACAGCGAUUCAUGCCUGAGGAGCAGGAUCGUUCCAAUUGGCGUGGCUCAUUCCCGGAGCAAUUCGGCGUCUUUCUCGUACGACCAAGCAGCGACUUUGAUGGAUCAUCCUCGAGUGGAAGAAGCGGCCGAGGCAAUCGAUCUUCGCAGCAGCUCGUUGGUGGACAACAGCACCCCGGAAGCGAGCACCACCAUCACCACUAAAGAGGUAGAGCCCUCCAGUUGCUGCGGUGACAACACCAUUGUCUUAUUUGCGAGGUAUGCCACCAGCUCCCAAACUUCGAGCGUCUCUUGCCAAGAUGGCGCUUCGGUACCGGCCAGUGUCGUGGAAUUAAAGCCGCAGCCUUGUUCGUCCGGUUCCAGGCUUACGGCGAGGAGGCCACGCUCGGGUGCUGAUUGCGGCCCAGCAUGGCGUCACCGUGUGGCAGCCAGCGCCCCGACCCGCGACGAGAUCGAGGAGUUCUUUGCGGGAGUGGAGGAGAAGGAUGACAGCAGCAAGCGUUUUGUAGACAAGUACAAUUUUGAUGUUUUCAACGACGUUCCCCUGUCUGGUCGUUUCGAAUGGGUACAGUUCCACCCUCGUUGCUCCUAAAUUAUUCGCACGCUACUCGCUACGAUGCGGCUGUAAGAGGAAAACUGGAAAAAAAAGAAGAAACGAAAAGAGCAAAAAAAACCCGUCUUGUUAGACUAGAGAGAGAGAGAGAGAGAGCUCCUAGAGGAGACCAUGUAUUGAUGCAAUCAUGUAACAUACUAAUGCCGUCAUGAUGUAUAGAAAAAAGAUGAGAAGCAAGGCAAGCAAGAAAAAGAGAUGUCAUACUCCUACCUUCAUCCA